AUGGAGGCGGCGGCGGAGGAGCGGUGGCAGGAUGAGGAUGGGGAUGGGAACGAGAUCGCGGUGUCUCGGGUGCCGCAGGCUGGGGAGCUGCUGCCGGCGGAGGAGCAGCAGGAGCAGGAAGAGGAGCCGUUACACCUGGCGAAGCGGAGGAAGGUGCUGUGUUGCGAUUUCGUUGCCAUCACAUGUAGCGAUACGGAGGUUGCGCAAAGCUUCUUGGCCGGCAACGACUGGCACUUGCAGAGGGCGCUAGAUGCCUAUUUCGAGCCGCCGAUAGUGAAGGAAGUUGUGGAGGUGGAGCCAGCAGGCGAGGCACCGCCAGCCCGCGAAGCGCCCGUGAUCUGUAUUGACCUCACAGAUGAUGCAACUACUAGUAAUGAUGGUGCCAACAGUGCAGAUCUGAUGCAACAAGAAAAUGACAGCAGCUUCUCCCUGCUGACCUGGAACAUUGAUGGGCUGGAUGUAGGAAAUCUAAUAGAGCGAGCUAGAGGAGUCUGUUCUUAUGUGAGUUUAUACAGUCCAGAUGUUGUGUUUUUACAAGAGGUUGUACCACCACAUCUCGGUCUUCUACAGAAGAGACUCAGCAACUACACCAUUAUUCCAGGUAAUGUAUUUGGCUAUUUCACUGCCAUAAUGUUGAAGAAAUCAAGAGUGAAGCUGCUGAAACAUGAGAUAAUACCUUUUCCAACAACCUCCAUGAUGAGGAACCUUUUAGUUGUGCAUGUGAGCGUAUCUGGUAUUGAACUUUGCCUUAUGACCUCUCAUCUGGAGAGCACUAAACCACACUCCAAGGAGCGUGUAAAGCAACUGCAAAUAGCAUUAAAGAAAAUGCAGGAGGAGUCAGAGUCCACCACUGUUAUAUUUGGAGGGGAUACAAACCUCAGAGACAGUGAGGUUGCUAGACUUGGUAAGUUACCUGGCAACAUUGUGGAUAUCUGGGAGCUUUUGGGCAAACCUGAGCACUGCCGCUACACUUGGGACACGCAGUCCAACUCCAACCUGAAUGCAGCCUACAAGUUCAAGAUGAGGUUUGACCGCCUGUUCUUGCGGCCUGCAGCAGAAGGGGGAUGUAUUAAACCACAAAGUAUGGACUUAGUUGGGUUGGAAAAACUGGACUGUGGCAGAUUCCCUAGUGAUCACUGGGGUCUCCUGUGUAACUUCCAUGUGACACCAUGAAA